CAACUAACGGAACUACCUACUAUCAUCCUGAUGGCCCAUCAGGGACUACAGCCACCUGGGGGGCAACCCCUACUCACCGUCCAUGUCUGCGAAGGAGAGCAAGACGUCAGCAGAAGCAUGCAGCUCCACGCAGCCCCACAUCGGGGAAGGACUCAGAAAAGAGACAUGUCCGUGGAACAUUGGUACCGGCUCUCAGAAGGUCCCCGAGCAGGAGGUGUGCCCCACCCGGACUGCACUGUAAAGCUCAAGCGGA